AUGCCACCAGUUCAGGCUGCAGCCCUUCCUCAGUGUUUGCAGCUGGGAAUUGCCUGUCGAGCUGGGUUCUACAAAGCCUCUGCUGGCAACGUGAAGUGUGCCAAAUGCCCUCCCCACAGCUCCACCUACGAAGAUGCAUCUCUGAACUGCAGGUGUGAAAAGAAUUACUUUCGCUCUGAGAAAGACCCUCCAUCCAUGGCUUGCACCAGGCCACCGUCUGCCCCGAGAAACGUGAUCUCAAACAUCAAUGAGACCUCUGUAAUCCUGGACUGGAGCUGGCCUCUGGACACYGGGGGCAGGAAGGACGUCACCUUCAACAUCAUCUGCAAGAAAUGCGGCGGCAGCUCCAAGCUGUGCGAGCCGUGCAGCGACAAUGUGCGGUUCCUGCCGCGGCAGAGCGGGCUCACCAACACCACGGUGACCGUGGUGGACCUGCUGGCUCACACCAACUACACCUUCGAGAUCGAUGCGGUCAACGGCGUGUCUGACCUGAGCACCCUCUCCAGGCAGUUUGCAGCUGUCAGCAUCACAACUAACCAGGCUGCUCCAUCCCCCAUCACAGCCAUAAGGAAGGACAGGACGUCCAGGAACAGCGUGUCCCUCUCCUGGCAGGAGCCYGAGCAUCCCAACGGGAUCAUUUUGGACUACGAGGUCAAAUACUAUGAGAAGCAGGAACAAGAGACAAGCUAUACUAUCCUGAGAGCCAAAGGCACCAAUGUCACCAUCAGUGGCCUCAAGCCUGACACCACCUAUGUCUUCCAAAUCCGAGCCCGAACUGCAGCUGGAUACGGGACAAGCAGCCGCAAGUUUGAGUUUGAAACCAGCCCAGACUCAUUCUCCAUCUCCAGUGAGAACAGCCAGGUGGUGAUGAUUGCCAUUUCAGCAGCAGUGGCCAUCAUUCUCCUCACAGUGGUGGUGUACAUUUUGAUUGGGAGAUUCUGUGGAUACAAGAAGUCUAAACAUGGCACUGAUGAGAAAAGGCUGCAUUUUGGGAAUGGCCAUUUAAAACUCCCAGGCCUGAGAACUUAUGUAGAUCCCCACACAUAUGAGGAUCCCAACCAAGCUGUGCAUGAAUUUGCCAAGGAACUGGAUGCUUCCAAUAUAUCCAUUGAUAAAGUAGUUGGAGCAGGGGAAUUUGGAGAAGUGUGCAGUGGGCGCCUGAAGCUGCCUUCUAAAAAGGAAAUUUCYGUGGCCAUCAAAACCCUGAAAGUUGGCUACACAGAAAAGCAGAGGAGGGACUUCCUGGGAGAAGCCAGCAUCAUGGGCCAGUUUGACCACCCCAACAUCAUCCGACUGGAGGGAGUCGUCACUAAAAGUAARCCAGUUAUGAUUGUCACUGAAUACAUGGAAAAUGGUUCCUUGGACAGCUUCCUGCGAAAACAUGAUGCCCAGUUCACAGUCAUCCAGCUGGUGGGCAUGCUCCGGGGGAUCGCGUCUGGCAUGAAAUACCUGUCGGAUAUGGGUUAUGUCCAUCGGGACUUAGCUGCUCGUAACAUUCUSAUCAAYAGCAACCUGGUGUGCAAAGUCUCUGAUUUUGGGCUCUCUCGUGUGCUGGAGGAYGACCCAGAAGCUGCUUACACCACAAGGGGGGGCAAGAUUCCCAUCCGAUGGACAUCCCCAGAAGCCAUUGCCUAUCGGAAGUUCACAUCAGCCAGUGACGCCUGGAGCUAUGGGAUUGUCCUCUGGGAAGUGAUGUCUUAUGGGGAGAGACCCUACUGGGAGAUGUCCAACCAGGAUGUGAUCAAGGCUGUGGAUGAAGGGUACCGCCUGCCGCCUCCCAUGGACUGCCCAGCUGCCUUGUACCAGCUGAUGCUGGACUGCUGGCAGAARGACAGAAACAACAGACCCAAGUUUGAGCAGAUUGUCAGCAUCCUGGAUAAACUGAUCCGUAAUCCCAGCAGCCUGAAAAUCAUCACCAACGCGGCAGCAAGGCCAUCGAAUCUCCUCCUGGACCAAAGCAACAUUGACAUUUCAUCCUUCCGCACCACGGGGGAUUGGCUCAACGGCUUUCGGACAGGGCAGUGCAAGGACAUUUUCACGGGGGUGGAGUACAGUUCCUGCGACACGAUAGCCAAGAUUUCCACAGAGUAA